AUGAUGCGUAAUACAGACUUUUUAUCACGAACUGCAACAUCAAGUGCCAAUGAUUCUAUUGAUUUAUAUACAUUACUUAAGCUUAAUGAACCAGAAAAAAGACAAUCUAAACUUACCGGUAUUCCAUUAAAGUCAGAUAUAACAAAAUUACUUGUUCCAUCUUAUAGUAAAGUAUUUUUUACCGAUGGUUAUACAUCAUUAAAACAAGAUGAUCGAUAUGAACGAAUAGUCUACGAUGAUGAAAUGGAAGUACCAUGUAUUGGUACAGAUAAACGAAAUUUUGAUUUAGCUGAAAUGGUGACAUUUGAUAUUGAUGGAACUUCUACACAAUUACCACUGAUGGUCAAAAUGGUGAUUAUUCCACAGGGUGCUGUUAAUCAACGGGAACCACCGGUUAUCGUGCGUGAUGUAUGUGUUCAAUGUGAUGAUAUUCCUCAAAGUAGACGACGUACGAACGGACAUGAUAAAGACAUAACAAUAACACGUGCAAAAAGUUCUGAUUAUUUAACUAAUAGAAACGGUUUCUACGAUAAUAUAAACGAUGAACACUUAAGAUGUUUAUCAUUAACAUCAUCGAUGACUGAUGAUAGUUAUGAUAAUUCGUCAACAGUAACACAGGAAAGUAGUAAUCAACACCGUAUUAGUCAUUUACUUCAUCGUCGACAAAUAAGUACAAAUAAUUACUUAAAUCGAUCGGAAUACUAUUCUAUACCAUAUUAUCAAUACCCGGGACGUCGAUAUGGUCCAAAACAUAUUGGCAUACAAGUUAAUUCGAACGAUCUGAAAAAUUUUCAUUUACAUCAAUCCUCGUAUAAGUUUUCGUUUAAUAAACAGAAUGGUGAUGAUCAUUAUUCUGUAACAAUAAUAGUACCAGUUAAAAAUCGUCAUCUAUUGUUCAAUGAAGAGACUGACAAUCAUCAGAGAACAAAUCAACCACAAAUCAUUGAAGUUAAAAUACCGGUAAAUAUCAAAUCGAAACAUACAACGGUGAGAUAUAUGAAUACAAAGGAAUAUGUUACAAUAAAACGAACCAUAAAAGGUCAAAUCAUUGGAGAUAUUGAGUGA